GAGAGACACCCAGGAGAAGCAGCAAGGGGACAGAGGAGGGACUGGGAGGCUGCAGAGGUGCGGUGGGGAGGGGCUGGGAGAGGGCAAAGCCGAGACCGGGAGCGAGAGCUGUCCGGGGACCAGGGAGGAGACAGAGACGGAGCGACAGCAGGAGACGGAGACGGAGACGGAGAAAGAAAGUGCUAGGGGCUUGGCGAGGAGAGGACUGGACCUGGAGACCGAGGCAGAAGGAAAGAAAGAGGGGAGAGAAAUAGACAGAAAUUGACGCCCAGCAGGACCUGCCGCGGGGUCGACGGGGACCUGAGCCCACUCCCUCCAGCUGCAGCGGGGACCACGGGGAGCACCGGCGGGGUUGGGCGUUGCAGGGGCGGACCCGGCCUCCCCCUCCCACCCCAUCUCCCACCCCCGGGGACCCCUCCAGCCCGGCGGUCGCCCGCGGCGAGGCGGGGGAUGGCUGAUUCUUGCCGGAACCUCACGUACGUGAGGGACUCGGUGGGCCCGGCCACCAGCACCCUGAUGUUCGUGGCGGGCGUGGUGGGCAACGGGCUGGCCCUGGGCAUCCUGGGGGCGCGGCGGCGGUCACGGCCCUCGGCCUUCGCCGUCCUGGUCACUGGGCUGGCCGUCACCGACCUGCUGGGCACGUGCUUCCUGAGCCCCGCCGUGUUCGCGGCCUACGCCCGCAACAGCUCGCUGCUGGGCCUGGCCCGGGGCCGCCCGGCUCUGUGCGACGCCUUCGCCUUCGCCAUGACCUUCUUCGGCCUGGCCUCCACGCUCAUCCUCUUCGCGAUGGCCGUGGAGCGCUGCCUGGCGCUCAGCCAUCCCUACCUCUACGCCCAGCUGGACGGGCCGCGCCGCGCCCGCCUGGCGCUGCCUGCCAUCUACGCCUUCUGCACGGCCUUCUGCGCGCUGCCCCUGCUGGGCCUGGGCCAACACCAGCAGUACUGCCCGGGCAGCUGGUGCUUCAUCCGUCUGCGCUCGGCGGAGCUGGGUGGCUGCGCCUUCUCGCUGGCCUACGCCAGCCUCAUGGCCCUGCUGGUGGCCGCCAUCGUCCUCUGCAACGGCUCGGUCACCCUCAGCCUCUGCCGCAUGUACCGACAGCAGAGACGCCACCAGGGCUCGCUGGUCCCCAGCCCCCGGGCAGGUGAGGACGAGGUGGACCACCUGAUCCUGCUGGCCCUCAUGACUGGCAUCAUGACCGUGUGCUCCCUGCCCCUCAUGAUCCGAGGCUUCACCCAAGCCAUCGCCCCGGACAGCAGCGAGAUGGGGGACCUCCUCGCCUUCCGUUUCAACGCCUUCAACCCCAUCCUGGACCCUUGGGUCUUCAUCCUUUUCCGCAAGGCCGUUUUCCAGCGCCUCAAGCUCUGGUUCUGUUGCCUGUGCCUGAGGCCCGCCCAAGGCGACUCGCAGACAUCCCUCGCCUGGCCCGCCUCGGGGAGGAAGGACUCAAGGGCCCCUGCUGCUCCCAGGGGGAAGGAGGGGAGCUGGGUGCCUCUGUCAGCCUGGGGCGAAGGGCAGGGGGCACCCUUGCCUGCCGCACAGCCAUCCAGCAACACCGUGGGAACGCCGUCCAAAGGGGGGUCUGAGACCGCCUGCUCCCUCUGCUGACAUCUGCCCUGCGCUCUCCGGCCCUGACUUCCGGGAGCGGGAGCCAGAAGUUCGGGGACACGGCUGAUGGCUGGGGGUGGACAAGCCCAGAGAUGGAUCCUGGAGCCCUGUGUCCCGGAACAUUGACCCUCUGAAUUCAGGGGGUGAUCAGCUGCUAUUUCUCCUCCUUCAGGGUGGCUGCGCGGGCUGUGGAGGGAGGGGGAGAGGGAGCCGGAGCAAUUAUCCUGGAGCAUAAAAAGGACAGUUCUCUCCAAAUAUCCGGUGGCCUGGCGGCCUGGUCCGGCCGUUGCUUGCCCAUCCAUCUCACUAUCUAAAUAUUUAGAAAGCAGAAAAGUUCCCAGCAGCUUCUGUGCAACUCAGGUCUGCUCUGGUUAGGGUUCUGGCUCUGACCCUCAUUCAUUCAGGGUGCCCCGCUUGCCCAUGCCUAAUCUCCAGAGGACAGCCCUGCCCUCUCCCAGCCCACUCCAAGGCCCCCCCACCAUCUCUGCCCCAAGGGAGCCACAGAGUCUGCGACAAGCUCCCUGCUUCCCUUUACUUUUUUUUUUCCCCUCUUUUUUAGGGCCUGCUG